AUGAGCAGCUGGACAGGAAGCGAGGAAGAGAAAUCGGCAUCGACACAAACUGUCGAAUGUCCGCAGGUUCUUGGAGCGGCGCGCAAAUCCCCCUGGCGGCGCUUCCGGCGCCGCCCCUGGCGCCGGAAGUGCGCCAGUGAGGGGUGUUCAGCGCCGAUCCAAGACAUCCGCGCAGAUGUUAGAAAGCCUCUGUUUGCACAGUCUGUUGUUCGUCCAAGGAAGGCCGGCCUGGGUGUGAUGAACAGAGCUGGCGUCACUCAGUACCACCGCCACGCGUUCAGCGCGGCCAAGGGGGCCACGAGGGCCGACGGCAAGUUCUUCUGGCCCGACCCUGCCAACCGCGAGGGACAGGGAUACUCCGGCGCGGCGGACCUCACGGACAACGUCUCCUGGGGUUGGCACCACCCGAGCGGCAUCUACAACACCAUCCCGGUCGGAAGCCCGCUCAUCGAUGACCAGUUGAACAUCUACUUGGGGGCGGACGACGCCAUCCGGAAGUUCGACAUUACGGGCGAGAUCAAGUGGAGUUACGCCCCGCGCGGUCAGCUCGCGGCGGCGCCCACCCUCGUCGCUGCCAGCAGCAGGCGCUAUGCGGCCCGUUUGAAUAGCGACAUGAACAUGGAGGAGGAGGAGUUGUUGCGGCCCGAGUGGGCAAAGGACAACACGUCUGCCUUCCGUUUCUUCAAGGACUUCAAAGUCGGUGACGUUGUCAAGGUGAAGCCUGGCUUGAGCUACCGGGCAGACGGCAAAGAGCUCUACAAGGAAGGUGACCAGGGGUUCAUCGCUUCUUUCGCCCCAGGGGAUGGCAGGGCCGUAGUCCAAUGGACGAGAACGGGACACAAGAGCGUGCUGGACCUCCACGCCCUCAAGAAUCGUUUCGUGCGCGUGCAGUCGACGAGCGACGAGGCCUCAUUGCCUCCCAUGCUCGUGGGUAGCACCACCGCUGGCUACGUGUUCGCGAUCGACCUCGAGAACGGAGAGGAGCUCUGGGCAACUUGGGCCUCGAACGAUAUUGCGGGCGUCAAGGGGGCUGUGGCAGCCAAGGACGGAAUCGUAGUGGUCGCAACUGACAGAUGCACUGACAGGUAUUGCUACAGGUACCGCAACCAGACCAAUCCACUUACGCCUGGCAAUUCCAUUGUGCGGGGCUUGAGCGCUGCGGACGGCAGCGCCGUGUGGGAAUACAAAACCAUGGCGCCUGUGUGGAACAUGGUCCCGCUAUGGGGCCAGGACUCCAACGUGAUGUUCCAGGAUGGGGAGGGCAGGAUGUACUCCCUGGACUUGCAAACUGGCGCUCUCAACUGGAGGGCCGGUGGAGACAUCGGUACAUACACCAACGCAGCCGCCGCAUAUAGCUCUGGCCACAACGCCGUGUUCGCCCUCGGCGUGGCCUACUACGAUGCGGGCAUUCGCCCUGGCCAUACUAACAAGUUCUGCAAUCCUUAUGUGGCACCUGGCAUUCUUGUCAAUUGCUUCACGUGGCCAGGAGCAAGGGGCUGGGUCCGUGGCUACAACGCCACGUCGGGCAGGAAACUCUGGGAGACGUCAACACCAGAGCCGCCAGCCAGCGCCGCCGUCCUCAUGCUCAACAGUCCGAGUCUGCACACACGCUUGGUGGUCACGAUGGGCUACAAUUGCUGGCACAACUCCCCAACGCAGAUAUGGUCCCUCGACCCGCACAACGGCCACAUCCGGUGGCUCAGAGACGGCCCGACGCUGUGGUCGGGCCAGUGUGCCGGCGACAAGGACGGCGCCGACAUCCGCAGGGCUAUGGGUGGCCGGGCUGCUUGCCAUCCGAACAGUUGGUCCGCACCAGUGGCCGAUUCGAACGGCGACCUGUACGUUGGCAACCAGAUCGGCGAGCUGCAGAAGUGGGGCUCGCCGACUGGGCUUACAAGGGACGUCCAGCUGCUCUCGACCUUGACCACCGGCCACGCCUUCCAGGAUGCGGCCAUCGCGUUCGGCAACGGCGUCAUGGCCAUUUCCACGUGCACGUCCCUCAUUGUCUUGCAGACUCCUGCCAACUACUUCGCGAAUGAGACUUGGACAGUCACGGCCGCACCGAACGUUGACGGCAUGCCGGGUGCACCGAACGUUGACGGCAUGCCCGAGGGCUUCAACCCUGCUGAGUGGCGCGUGACAAAGGAUAACGCGUGA